AUGUUCAAACCAACCCAAGUGACAUGCUCCAAAGCGAGCCGACUACCGCUCACAUCCAAAAAAGCCAAUCGCGACUUCUACAAAGGCACACGAACCGGCAACAUCAUGCGUCGCAAACGUAUAGCUACUGCCAACUCACGCGGGACUCAACUCUACGACAAAGACGGAAGAGAACGAUACUGGCAUCUUAAAACAGCAAGGAUCGAUGAAGCUAGAAUCCCAAACUACGUCGUCCCUCCCGGAUUGGCUGAGACCAAGUUGCGACCAUAUGUGUAUAUUGGAGCAAGCAACGAAGGAGGUGUUUCAAGAAAGCGUACAUUUGGUUUACCAGAGUAUCCGAGAAUGGGUGCGAACGGGUUCGAUGGGACUUACUAUAGAAGUGUAAUUGGUGAUAUGUUGCAGAAGAGGAAGAUGAAGGAACAGCAGGAUGAGGAUAGGAGGUUGGCUGCUGCUCCUCGCAGUUAA